CAUUGUUAUGGGCCAGUUAUCAGUCCCGGCUAGCAUAAAAUUCAAAAUAUAACAGAAGAAUAUACUCAUACUAGAGCUUCUGGACAAUUGUAGACCUUAAUUUGUUGUUACUGGCUAGACGAUGGCUGAUGUGUGAGUGUCUGUACAUCUCUUAUUGACACAACGACCACCACUCACUGGUAGGUUGAAUUUACACACGACAUUACGGUAACACACAGCCAACAUGGCUGCUUACUGAUUGUUUUGUUAUUAGUUAAGUCUGUGCUUCGAGGUUUCAGGUAUUUCAGAAAUUAUCUAGUCAAACAACCCUGCCCAAAGAUGGAAAUUCUGCGUUUUGCGCACAUUAUAUUAAGGGACUUCGUUGUUCAUAAAGUAGUCGUUCGAAAAAUAGCCACAGGAGCGUGGACUCUCUCUGUCAAUCCAGGCAGGUCAGCGUGUCUGAACGGUUCUCUCCAGUUAGACAGGAACAUUUCUCGUAGUACGUUUUCAGUGGAGCCAUCAGUCAAAGAGAGUACAGCGCUGAUAUACAGAUGUCAUGGAGAGCCUUCACAAGUCGUUACGUUGGAGACGCUAAAACUUCCUCCUCUGAGAUCUACAAGUGUCCUUGUGAAAAUGCUUGCAGCUCCCAUCAACCCAUCAGAUAUAAACAUGAUCCAAGGCACCUACGCAAUACUACCCGAUCUUCCAGCAGUGGGUGGCAAUGAAGGAGUAGGUCAGGUCAUAGAAGUGGGAAUCGAGGUCAAAACAAUCAAAGUGGGUGACUGGGUCAUUCCUAGGGAUGCUGGUCUAGGCAUGUGGCAGACAGCAGUAGUCUUGAGUGCUGAUGAUUUGGUGACGGUACCCAGUGACAUCCCUGUCCUUUCAGCAGCCACUCUGGGGGUCAACCCUUGUACUGCACUCCGAAUGCUGUCUGACUUUGAGGAUCUAAAGCCGGGAGACACAGUCAUCCAAAAUGCAGCUAAUAGUGCAGUCGGCCAGGCUGUGAUCCAGAUAGCUGCAGCAAAGGGGGUUCAAACUGUCAAUGUUGUCAGAGAUAGGCCAAACCUGCAAAAGCUGACUGAUGGAUUAAAAGCCAUGGGUGCCACAUGUGUGAUCACAGAAGAGACACUUAGAAGGCCAGAAAUGAAGGAAAUAUUUAAGUCUUAUCCUCGACCAAAGCUGGCCCUGAAUGGAGUGGGAGGAAAGAGUGCCACAGAACUUCUGCGUCAUUUACAGAGUGGGGGAACCAUGGUGACAUAUGGAGGGAUGGCCAAACAGCCAGUCACUGUGCCAGUGAGUGCCCUCAUAUUCAAAAAUGUAAAAAUACGAGGGUUUUGGGUCACUCAGUGGAAACGAGACCAUAAGCAUGAUGAUGAAGCAUUGCAUAGCAUGCUGGAAGAGCUGUGCACCCUUAUCCGUACUGGAAAACUGUCAUCUCCAGCCUGCACUCAAGUGGGCAUGCUGGACUUCCACAAAGCUUUACAUAGUGCAAUGAAACCAUACACCUCUAUGAAACAGGUUUUGGUUAUGUGAUCCUGUAGUCAUAGUUUGCUGCUUUUAGCAGGAUAGCACAUGUUUUUGCAACACAUUUGACAUAAUUGUGCUUCUGACAUUGAAGUCCAGUAAGUGUUAUCUGCCACAGUUAUUAGCCUAAAUCAUUAUUAAAUGUUCUUUGAAUGUUCAGAAACUUAUUAAUUUCUGUGUAAACUGUUUGACAGAAUGACUGACUGUUUUUAUGACAGCUAUACCUAGAUAAAUGGUAACCUUUAGCUCUACAUAUUUUUAAUUAAUUACCCAUUGCCAAUUAAAAAAACUUUAUUAUUAAA